AUGAGACGGGCACUGUGCUAUUUUGGAUUGGCCACCCUGCUUGCCUUUGGCGAUGCAUCAGAGAGAUUGCGCCGUAGCGGUGGUUACGGUGGUGGUGGCGGAGGAGGUGGUGGCGGCGGUUUUGGGUAUGGAGGCGGCGGCGGCGGAGGCUUCGGUUACGGCGGUGGCGGCGGAGGCGGAGGUGGGGGAGGAGGAGGUGGCUUAGGCGGUGGCCUCGGCCUUGGAGGUGGCCUUGGCGGUGGACUCGGCGGCGGACUCGGCGGCGGCCUAGGAGGAGGCCUCGAUAUCAUUCACAAAGGCGUGCACGAUAUAAUUGGGAAAGUUCACUCCGGAGUAUCACAUUUCGGUGGUUUAGGGGGUGGUAUCGGAGGCGGCGCCGGUGUAAGUGGGGGUGCUGGAGGAGGCUUAGGAGGUGGUGCAGGAGGCGGUGCUGGAUUAGGAGGCGGCGCUGGAUUAGGAGGCGGCGCUGGAUUAGGAGGCGGCGCUGGAUUAGGAGGCGGCGCUGGAGGUGGCUCUGGUUUGGGCGGAAAAGAUGAAAAAGUAAUUUAUACCAAAUCCGACGAUGGAAAAUCAGGUGGAUUCGCCUUCACCGGAUCUCUGGAUGGUGGUAAAGGUGGAUACGGUGGCGGUGGAGGAUACAGCAGCAGUGGCGGUGGAACUGGAUUCGGUGGAGGUGCCGGUGGAGGCACUGGUAGCGGUACCGCAGGAGGUCACGGUGGUACUAGUGGAAGCAGCGUAGGAGUUGGUUCUGGAUUUGGAGGAAAUGUCGGAGGAUCUGGAAGCUCGGGUGGUUAUGGAAGCGGAUCUGGAUUUGGAGGCGGUAGCGGUAUAGGAGGCGGCAGUGGAUACGGUGGUGCCGGUAAAGGAACUGGAAAUAGCGGUAGCAAUGGAGGAAGCUUCGGGGGUUCUACUGGAUUUGGAAGCGGUAGUUCAUCUGGUGGAACUGACGGAGGUUUUGGAAUUGGUGGUAAUAGUGGAAGUGGAGGUCAAGGCGCGGGUAGCGGAUUAGGUGGGGGAAGAGGGCAUGGUGGAGGCAGUGGGCUUGGUGCAGGCGGUGGACUUGGUGGAGGCAGUGGACAUGGCGGUGGCAGUGGCAUUGGACUCGGUGGGGGCAGUGGACUUGGUGGAGGCAGUGCACAUGGCGGUGGCAGCGGACUUGGUGGAGGCAGUGGACUUGGAGGAGGCAAUGGACAUGGCGGUGGCAGUGGACUUGGUGGAGGCAGUGGACUUGGUGGAGGCAGUGGACUUGGUAGUGGAAGCGGAGGAUUUGGCGGUUUCGUCAGUGGAGGUGGAUCAGGAGGUCAUGGUGGAUCAGGAGGCCAUGGUGGAUCUGUAGGAUUUGGAAAAGGCAGUGGAGGAAGUGGCGGCCUAGGUGGCGGAGCUGGACUUGGCGGUGGUUUGGGGGGUGGUAGUGGAUUCGGUGGAGGCACUGGCGCAGGCUCAAGCCAUGGAGGAUCCAGUGGCCUAGGAGGAGGAUCUGGAAGUCACGGAAGUGGUGGAUAUGGAGGAAAUGGUGGGCAAGGCGGAGGUGUGGGUGGCGGAUCAGGAGGAUUCGGAAAAGGCAGUGGAGGCAGUGGAGGCAGUGGCGGUCUAGGUGGUGGAGCUGGACUUGGCGGUGGUUUUGGGGGUGGUAGUGGGUUCGGUGGAGGCGCUGGCGCAGGCUCAAGCUAUGGAGGAGCCGGCGGUGGUUUUGGAGGAGGUCUAGGUGGGGGCCUAGGUGGGGGUCUCGGUAGCGGAUUCGGUGGCGGAAAUGGCCAGAGCGGAGGAAAUGGUUUCGGAGGAAGUAAUGGACUUGGUGCCGGUGGCUGCGGCUCAGGUUCAUGUGGUGGGGGCUCCGCAGGUUACCCAUCUAAAGGGCAUGGCUGCGGUAGUGGGUCUUGUGGUGGUUACGGAAGUCAUGCCUAUGGCGGCGCCUCGGCCUCAGCCAGCGCACAUGCUUCUGCGUCAGCGAGCGCGAGCACUUAUGGUUAA